GUGUAUAAAGUCGACAUACAGGCGGUUAGCUUCAAAACUAUCAUGGCGUCGAGAAGAAUAACAACGGGGCCGAGUAGUUUUAAAAGUGCCUUCACCGACGCGAAGAGCUCGAAAACUGCCGGCACUGCAAGUAAAGCAAACAACAGUGGAAAUGGAAAGAAAACUGUUAAAUCAAGUGGGACUGUUGUUAAGUCUCGAUAUAUGCAGGCUGCAGCUGAGAAGACAUCUCUUUCAAAGAGUAACUCAUUGACCAAUGAGUCGUUUGCUGCACCACUGAGACCUGCUUCACCAAAACCCAGCGGUGUCAAACCAAAAGUGGGCACUCCACCGAGACGCUCAGUGACCCCACGGACUCUUGCAGCAUCAAUGACGCCACGUGAAACUGAACCUUCACUUCUUGGGAAAAGCAUUCUGCAGUCCACUUUCUCAGAUGGGCACUGCUUUCGACCUGAUUUUGAUAUUUCAGCUAUUAAAGAAAAAACGGUGAUUGAAAACACGGCAGAGCGUGAGAGAAACCCAGAGAAUGAGAAGAGGCUCAUUGAAAUGCAAACAUUUCUGCUGACCUACCUCACAGCUAAGAUGGAGCACAAUACUGCAAAACUCAAGGCUGAGGCCGAGGUGAAGAUCCUGCAGGCAAUGGAGGAAGAAAAGCUGCUGCAUCAUGAGGUCAAGGAGAAGAAGCGCCAAUACCUCCUUGCAGAAAAGAAAAGGAAGAUCAAUGAGGCGCUGGAUUUGCAGAUUGCUACAUUGACUCCUGUAGCCGAGGCUGCCAAGCAGUUCACAAACGACUACAAGUCUUUCGCUACAUCUGUUGACACCACCAGACAUGAGCUGCCUGUCAAGAACUUCUACAUUAACGGGGACAGAAAGGAAUUUCUAGAUAAAGCCGAGUCUUGCCUGAAGGAUUGUGAGAAAUUGCUGAUGGAGUGCACAGAGGGAGAUCAUAAGGACAACAGCACAUCUCUAGAGUGCCUGAAGGAGAUGAAAAUGACAUCAAAGGACAUCAGUCAGCAGCUGUCGGGUUCAUUUUCAGAGCUACUGGAGCUGUCAUCACUGGUGUGCCGUCAUACAAUCCACGUCCAGCAGGCCACAGAGGAAGAGCAGCUCGGCAGUUCAAGAACCAGUGAGCUCUACUGCCCCAAACAGUGAACACCACCACACAGCAUGGGAAUCACAAUACAUGCACUUUGAAUACCCCCCCCCAGUUUGUUUGAUGUGGAUGUUUUUGUAGCUUUUGUGUUUGUUUUUGUGUCUGUGUCUCUGCAUUUUGAGAAAUUGUAAAAUGCUGAAUAAUGACUGAUGCUAUUUUAUAGGUUUAACGUUUUCAAUAAAUAGAAUAAAAUAUA